AUGGCUGCCGCUGCAAAGACCAAGGCUCUUAGCAUUAUCGAGGAGAACCCUGUCGCGGUCUUCUCCAAGUCGUACUGCCCGUACUGCAAGGCCGCCAAGGCCCUCCUGACGCAGCUUGGCGCGCGCUUCUUCAGCAUUGAGCUCGACCAAGUCGACGACGGCGCCGCGAUCCAGGACGCUCUCGAGGAAAUCACGCACCAGCGCUCCGUGCCCAACAUCUUCAUCGCUCAGAAGCACAUUGGCGGCAACUCGGACCUGCAGGCCAAGAAGAAGGACCUGCCCAAGCUCCUCAAGGAGGCUGGCGCUCUUUAA